UAGUGAAAGUGGCCAACGCGCAAGCGCGAGAGUGUAAACCAUGGCGGAUUCAGGAAGCGAGGCUAUAGCGGUGAUUGGAAACACAGAUCUGACGCCUUCGGAGUCGGAAAACAACUUAAAGAACACGAUGGUUGAAAAAGGGACAAGUCUUCUGAAGAAGAUGGAGAUCAGUGUGGCUGAAGCAGAGAAGAGGACUGGGAAGAAUGCCGUCAAUAUGCAGGAGACUUAUACAGUGUAUCUUAUAGAGACGAGGCCGGUGGAUGCUGCCUCAGAAGGGACCAAUCCUGCCCUAGAUUCAUUGUGGAGGCGUUACAGCGAGUUUGAGCUGCUUAGAAACUAUUUGUUAGUUACCUAUCCAUUUGCGGUGGUUCCGCCAUUGCCUGAAAAACGGGCUGAAUUUGUUUGGCACAAGCUGUCAGCAGACAACAUGGACCCUGACUUCGUGGAGAGGCGUAGGGUUGGACUAGAGAACUUCCUGCUCAGAGUGGCCUCACACCCAGUCCUGUCCAGUGACAAGAUCUUCUAUUUGUUCCUCACUGAGGAAAAUGGUUGGAAGGAAACCAUGUUUGAGACAGGAUUUCAGGCGAAGGCCGAUUCAAGAUUGAAAGCUUUAAAUGCCACAUUCAGAGUGAAGAAUCCAGACAAGCGAUUUGCAGAAAUGAAACACUACGGUGAUGAGCUGCAAUCUGUUAUUUCGCAGCUGCUGAGAGUUCGUGCAAGAGCAGCUGAUCGCCUGUAUGGAGUCUACAAAGUGCAUGGAAAUUAUGGAAGAGUCUUUAGCGAAUGGAGUGCCAUUGAGAAAGAGAUGGGAGAUGGGCUGCAGAGCGCUGGCCAUCACAUGGACGCGUAUGCUGCUUCUGUAGACGAUAUUCUAGAGGAAGAGGAGCAUUAUGCUGAUCAGCUGAAGGAGUACCUUUUCUACGCAGAUGCAUUAAGGACAGUGUGUAGGAAGCAUGAACUGACACAGUAUGAACUGGAGAUGGCCGUCCAGGAUCUGACCUCUAAGAAACAGCAGCGAGAGGAACUCGCCACAGGGACAAUACGGACCUUCUCUCUGAAGGGAAUGACCAGUAAACUGUUUGGACAAGAGACCCCAGAGCAGAGGGAGGCCAAACUGAAAAUGCUGGAGACACAGAUUGAAGAAGGAGAGGAACAGGUCAAAGAAAGAAACGCAGAAUGCGAUGAGUUUGUGAAAAGUGCAUGGGUGGACAUUGAGAGGUUCAAAGAGCAGAAAGACCAUGAUCUCAGAGAGUCUCUCAUCAGCUAUGCCAUCAUGCAGAUCAGCAUGUGCAAAAAGGGAAUUCAAGUGUGGAACAAUGCUAAAGAGUGCUUCAAUAAGAUGUGAGGGUUCCAGCUACGACAACCAGAACACCAGGAGGCCUUGGAGAUGUCAAUCCAGAGAAGCACACACUCCUAGAGACUGACCUUGGGGACUAAAUUCUUCCUCUCAAUCCUAAACAUGUGUCAGCCUCUUGCACCAGAUGCUCUGGUGUAAAAAGGUAUCAAAUAAUAUUGACAUACACUAGUUUCUGAGUCCAAAUAAUGAAUGAAUGGGGUGCUGUUUUAUUUAUUUCCACGUUCACCAGCCAGAUUUUAGACCUGGUUACUUUUGUGACUGCACUAUUUUGACCUACACAAGAGCUUGUGAAGGUAAUGGACAAUUCUUAACACUUCAGACAGAAACAAAAGAACGACUUAAUUAGUAUUGAUUAAUCUUGAACAAUGGAAUCAUUUCUUUAUAAUUUGUCUUUUUCUUGAUGCUGUUUGAUGUCAGAAUGUGUGCUAAAAUCAUUCCUUUUUCUACGUUCCAUUAAAGUUUUUACUACUUUAGCUCACCAUAAAACAAAAGCACAGGUUAAAAUUGGCAAGGCAAAAUAAGAGAGUGGGAUUUUGAGGGGGAAAAAAGUGAAUCCAGCAGUUCCAUUUUUAUUUUACCUUACACCCCUCUUCAUAAUGGUGGUCUUGCACUUCUGGAAUGUGUCCAGUUACUGUGGCACAUGCAAAAUUAUCUUUAUCACCUGGUGCAGAGGACUUUCUAAGAUUUCCUAAGAAAGGAAAGUAACUUAUUCGCAUGCAAACUAAAUUUGCCCUGACGCCCAUACAGCUAACAAAGUUGAAUAAAUUCAUCAUAAUAUGCUGAUCUGUCACUUUUCUGCACAUUCAGUCAUAAAAACAUAAGCUGUUUAUACCACUGACCCCCUCCCUUUAUAUGGGUCAGUUCAUCUGAAAAAUAUUAAUAUGCUGUUUAUGCCUUAUUCAAGCAUAUUUUCUUUGUUGCCACAGCUUCCACUAUGAAUGCCAUAUUUGUCGUUUGUUAUGAAGAGUGGGUGGGUGGGUCAGUGUUUUGAUAUAAAUCUGGCUAAAGAAUAGGAAGGUCACAGGAAAGGCAGAAUAUAGUAAUUUCCUCAUUUUAGAGCUGCAUGUUUAACUCGGCCUGACCCCUGGUCAUUUGGUUCAUUUUUUGGUUUAGAGUGGGGCAGAGAUAACCAUUUUGUAUAUAUUCUGUUCAAAUCAUUGUUGUGUAACACUAAUGAUAAUAAAAAAAAUGACCAUUA